AUGUUGAAGCCGAAGCCACUAACGCAGAUUCUGAAUCAAGCCAACACUGGAGGUGUUACUGCGACACUACUCUUCAGUAAAGAUGGCCGCCUGUUGGCGUAUGCUGGCGAAACAGAGAACCACAUGAUUGCCGCCAUUGCCAGUGGCAUUUGGACUGCUUUCAACAACUAUGGAACACAGGUGCUUUCCAGCAAUCAACUUCAGCAUGUUUUCAUCGAGUGCAAGAACGGCAGUGCCAUUGUUAGUCUAGUCGCCGAUGUGCUGCUCUGCCUCUUUUCCGACACACCCAACAUCAACGCCGGUGUUCUGCGCUUGAAGAUGGAAACCAUUGCCGACCACCUCGAGAAGCCGCUUUCUCAGAUAUCCCUCUAA